AUGUCGGAGUGUGAGUAUAUGUCAGUUGUUUAUUGUACAGAGUAUAUGUCAGAGUGUGAGUAUAUGUCAGUUGUUAUUGUAACGAGUAUAUGUCAGAGUAGUGAUGAGUAUAUGUCAGUUGUUAUUGUAAUCGAGUAUAUGUCAGAGUGUGAGCAUAUGUCAGUUGUUAUUGUAACGAGUAUAUGUCAGAGUGUGAGUAUAUGUCAGGCUGGGGUCAACCAGCUCGGAGGAGUGUUCGUCAACGGACGUCCCUUGCCGGAUUACGUACGUCGACGCAUUGUAGAGAUGGCGCUGAUGGGAGUGCGCCCGUGUGACAUCUCCAGACAGCUGCUGGUCUCCCACGGCUGUGUCUCCAAGAUUCUCACCAGGUUCUACGAGACAGGGUCCAUCAAGCCGGGAUCCAUAGGUGGCAGUAAGCCUAAGCAAGUAGCUACGCCCACAGUAGUAAAGAAGAUUCUCCGCUUAAAACAAGACAACCCAGGUAUGUUCGCGUGGGAGAUCCGCGAACAACUUUCUGGCCAGCGAGUGUGUGAAGCUGCGGCACUGCCAUCUGUGUCAUCUAUCAACCGUAUCCUCCGCAACUCAGGCCUCUGGACGCCGCACGAGGCUGCGGCUGCGGCGGCCGCAGCCGCCACUACCGCCACUCACCCGUCACCGCACUCGCCCGCAGCUGCCCACGCUGUUGUUACCGCAGCGGCUGCUGCCGCAGCCGCUGCCGCAAGUGUGUCUUUUCUGUCACUUCAGUUGGUUUCAGGGACACCAGAUGGUUUUAGGGGCACUAGCUAG